UCUUCUUCUUCUUCUUGUAGUUUAGAUCCGUGUGAUUGAAUGAAUGUCCUUCUUUUGCUUUUAGAAGUUCUGCUCUUUGCGUUCUCCAGUCUGCUUCCCCCGCAGGAAAUUUUUAGUGUUAUAUAUACAAUAAAUAGUAGAGAUUUGCUCUUGAUUUGUCAAAUGAGAUUUGCUCUUUCAUCUUAUGCUCGAAAAUGAUAUAUCUCUUUGAUCUUUCCUUCGUUUGUGGUAAAGGGAAUGGGAUGGUUGAAAAAAAUAGAAAAAAAAAGAAAAGGAAUCUUGAUCUCUUCAGAAUCAUGAUUCUGUAAUCGCUUUGCAAUAUCGAGCAUCUAGUUUGCCUUUCUUAAUUCAUUCUCUUAUCCAAAUCUGUCUCUGAUCUGGUACUGUGCGUCUCGGCCACCUAGUUAUCGAAAGCACAAGAUGCAAACGAAUUGUGACUGAGAUGGCAAAUAUAGACAUUGAAGGAAUACUGAAGGAGCUCCCCAGUGAUGGCCGUGUGCCGAAGACAAAGAUCGUCUGCACUCUUGGACCGGCUUCUCGAUCAGUGCCCAUGUUGGAGAAGCUUUUGAGAGCAGGGAUGAAUGUUGCCCGCUUCAAUUUCUCACAUGGUACUCAUGAGUACCACCAGGAAACCUUGGACAAUCUCAAGAUUGCCAUGCACAACACUCAGAUCCUUUGUGCCGUUAUGCUUGACACAAAGGGCCCUGAGAUUCGAACUGGAUUCCUCAAGGAUGGAAAACCAAUUCAACUCAAGGAAGGCCAGGAAAUCACGGUCACUACCGAUUACGCCAUUAAGGGGGACUCAGAAAUGAUCUCGAUGAGCUACAAGAAGCUCGCUGUUGACUUAAAGCCUGGGAACACUAUCCUGUGUGCUGAUGGAACCAUCACCCUCACUGUUCUGUCCUGUGAUGCCACUGCUGGAACCGUGAGGUGCCGCUGCAAGAACACAGCUAUGUUGGGCGAGAGGAAGAAUGUGAAUCUUCCUGGUGUUGUUGUGGACCUUCCGACACUGACUGAGAAAGACAAAGAAGACAUCCUCCAAUGGGGAGUCCCCAACAGGAUCGACAUGAUUGCCCUCUCAUUCGUUCGCAAGGGUUCAGACCUGGUUAAUGUCCGUAAAGUUCUCGGCCCCCAUGCCAAGGACAUACAACUCAUGUCAAAGGUUGAGAACCAGGAAGGAGUCAUCAACUUUGAUGAGAUUCUCCGAGAGACCGACUCAUUCAUGGUUGCCCGUGGUGAUCUUGGGAUGGAGAUCCCAGUGGAGAAGAUCUUCCUGGCCCAGAAGAUGAUGAUCUACAAGUGCAAUCUCGCAGGCAAGCCCGUUGUCACAGCCACUCAGAUGCUCGAGUCCAUGAUCAAGUCCCCCAGGCCUACCCGGGCGGAGGCCACUGAUGUGGCUAAUGCUGUGCUUGACGGGACGGACUGUGUCAUGCUUAGUGGUGAGAGUGCAGCUGGGGCCUACCCUGAGCUUGCUGUCAAGAUCAUGGCCCGGAUCUGUAUCGAGGCGGAAUCAUCCCUCGACUACGAGGCCACCUUCAAAGGGAUGAUAAGGUCGACUCCUCUCCCAAUGAGCCCCUUGGAGUCGCUCGCUUCCUCGGCGGUUAGCACAGCCAAUAAGGCCAAGGCGAGGCUCAUUGUGGUGUUGACUCGUGGUGGGACCACAGCAAAGCUGGUUGCUAAGUACCGUCCCGCUGUCCCAAUCCUGUCAGUUGUGGUCCCGGUGCUGACCACUGACUCAUUCGACUGGAGCUGCAGCGACGAGACCCCAGCAAGGCACAGUCUAGUAUACAGGGGACUGAUUCCUUUGCUCGCAGAAGGGUCCGCUAAGGCCACCGAUGCUGAAUCCACUGAAGAAAUCCUCGAGGCCGCCUUGAAAUCGGCGACAGAGAAAGGACUGUGCAAACCUGGGGAUGCCGUGGUCGCCCUUCACCGCAUCGGAGCUGCCUCUGUCAUCAAGAUCUGCAUCGUCAAGUGAGUGACGCUUAGUUAUGAGUUACCGAACUCAGCAGGACAUUUACACUACACUGGUCCUGCAUAUUUGGCUCCUGUGAAGUUGUUCAUCUCGCUCGGUGAUAAUCCAUUUUGCGAGUCAAAAUGACUACCCUUUGCUUUGUUUUGGAUGUAAUUCUCAGAUCAGCACACUGUGAUGAGGGACUAGUUGGGUUUGGUACCCUUUCAUUUCCUUUUUUUUUUUUUUUCCUUCUUCAUUCAUCAGCUAAUUUUUAUGGAGAGAUACUCAUAUAUCUCUGACAAUAAUCUAUUAUUAUUCAUAUAUAAUAAAAGUGAAAGAAGAUUGGCUGUUUUUUUUUGCUGUUUCA